AUCGAUUUCCUACGAAAGCCAACCAAAACAUUGGCGCUUAAAUAUGGCCUCCUCAGGAGAGGAAAAGGAUGAAGGACAAGAUGAUACAGUUGCCAGUGACUCAGAAGUAGUAUUAGACCUGUGUGGCAGAAGACUCAAGAGACUCGAGAAAGCGCCAGCAAACCAGGCGUAUGCCACAGCACUCGUUUUAGAUAAUAAUUAUCUACAGAAUUUAGCCAACCUUGACAGCUAUGGAGAACUGGAAAGGCUAUCUAUUGCCAACAACCAAGUGGUUAGAAUGUACUGGUUUGCACGCAUGUACUCGUUACGCGUGCUCAAUCUUCCAAAUAACAACAUUGUACAGGUAGAGGGUAUGAGGGAAUUGGCACAUCUCAUACAUCUAAAUUUGGCUGGUAAUAGGAUAAAGACUAUAGAAGGUUUGAGCAAUAACAAAACACUAGAGCACCUUAACCUGUCUGGCAACUAUAUUUCACAUAUAAAUGACCUUUCUAUGUUAAAGAAUCUUAAGGAAUUAUUUCUACAUCGCAACCGACUUACAACGUUAUAUCGGUGUAACAAAUAUUUGCCAUCGGGACUAAUUAUUCUAACACUGUCGGAUAAUCAAUUGGCUGAUUUGAAUGACCUCUCAAAUCUUUCACACUUGAAUCAUUUAGAACAGGUCACCAUUUUAAACAAUCCAUGUUUGGAUCCUCUUCAGCCAACAGACGAGCUAGGAACGCCAAUGGGCCCUCUCCUCGCUUUCGAUUAUCGACCAUAUGUUAUUAAUUGGUGCCUUAAUUUAAAGGUCCUUGAUGGUUAUAAAGUCACACCAAAAGAGAGCCUCAAAGCUGAGUGGUUGUACUCCCAAGGGAAAGGAAGGGGCUUCCAGGUAGGAGAGCAUGCGGCGUUAGUACAAUACUUGUCAGGGGUGUGUCUGGCUGGUGGUGGCUGGGGAGGGGCUGAUCUUCCAGAUGAUGAUGAUAAGUUGGCCAAGAUCUUGCAGCUAGCUAAGCAACACCAGCAUGACCUCAGACACGCAGUCAAUGGGCAGGACAACAGUGAAUCGUCAAGUGGGCGUGGCAGUCGCUCAAGUAGCCACCAUGAUUCGCCGGCAAUGCACAGACGUAGUGUGUCACGAUCUGCCUCCAUGAGACGCAACACUGCCCCCUCACGGUCAGCUCCGGCACGGGAAUGUCACCGUCGCACCCAUUCAGCAACGACUAGGAAAGAAUAUAAUGUGCGCGGAAGUCAGCAAGCUCAGUCAUACCACGUAGAGUUGUCAAGCACACUCUACGGUGGGGAUCUUCGGACCCCCGAGACCCCAAGCCUCAUGACACAGAGUAUGGACCCUGCCAUCCUAUCCCAGCUGGCCGGUACUUCGAAACGGGGAUCGACGGAUCCCAUGUCAUUAAGCCUGGGAGCCGAGCAGAUGUCCCGAUCUCUAGGAAUGGACCCAUUAACCCAGUCUGUAGGGCAUGAGGAACUGAAGCAUUCAAUGGAAUUUGACCCCAUGACACAGAGCCUAGGUCCUGAGCAGUUGGCACGUAGUCUAGGGCAGCCAGAUAUUAGUGACCUCAUGACCCGCAGCUUGGACUUGGGCCACCUCACCAAUGGGGAGGCUGAGACCUGGGGAGAACGGAUCCCUCAUCCUCCGGCACAUACUCAGCCAAGACCCACCAGCCUCUUUGGGGACGAGAAUGACUUGGUGGUAGAGGAUGUGGCACCCCAAGAAAGUAAUAGUCAGCUUAGUGGAUCGACAAAGUUUGUUCCAGCUCCAGAGAGCAUCAUGAGUCCUGAAUUUCAGGCAACUGCAGCUCCCCGGGUCAAUCAAGGCCAAGCUCCUCAGUCUCAGGGAACAUCCCAUGUUCGCUCACAGCAUAAUGCCACUGUAGCCAGGAGUAAUUCUGCACCACGCUCCCAACGCCCACCUCCGUCCCACAGACCCACAUCAACUCCUCAGGCUACUCCGAGACAAGCACAGUCAAGAUCGUCAUCCGCCACAAGGCCCAGAGCAUCUCCCAUGAAAAGCCCUGCUCCUAAUGACAUAGGACGAGGCUCUCCUUCCCAUUCUCAGAGGUUGACGGGUUCUACUUCCAAUGGUGGACCUGCUACGCUUCCCAAACCAAAGCCUUCCCCAAGACCUGCCCCUCGUUAUGUACGAUCUGCAUCAGUAGAACCGAGUAAUAGGAGACAAGCAGCAUCUAAGAAGGGCAAGGCCGUUUCACCACUUCACGGAUACUCUGAUGCAGAUUCUGAUAAUACCGAUUCGGAAAUGUCUGUUUCCAAACUCCAGACUAUAAGAAGUAUUGCGGCCGAGAGAAAGACCGAGAAAAGAGGUAGAGAACCCACCCAAGGGUCACAUGCCUAUGAUCCCGAAAAGUACAAGUGUAGUUCUGCUAUCAGGAAUUCUGGUGGCCAUCGAAGAUCAAGUAACAGUAGCAGUGGCAGUAGCACAUCUGACCUGACCAAAACCCAGGCAGCCAUCACGUUGCAGAAACACUGGCGAGGGUAUCAAGCACGAAACAAUGACCCAAAAACAGCAAAGAUCAGAGAUGAUAUAAGACACUCCAGAGCAGAGCAACAUAUAAAACAUCUAACGGAAAAACUACGGACGACCGAAGAAGCUUUGGAGAGAGAGAGACGGUUGCGUCACAUGCAGUUAGAUGCUAUAAGAACAUUAUGGCGAGAAAUUCAGAAACUGCAAGCUACAAAACGAGAAGAUGUAACUCCUUCUACACCUAUGACUCCACUCACGCCACUCACACCUUUAGAUGCUGCCAAGGAGAAUAAUGGAACUGUUAGUGUAAAGAAAUAUUCUGAAGAAAGUGUAAAGCAACUCACAGAAUUCUGUACAUCACUCCAGGGACAGGUUGGGCAGCUACAGGAGUCCUUGUCUUUGGUAACACAGGUAAUGAAUGCAUUCUGCAAUCUUCCAGGAUCACAGUCUCUCUUAACUAUGUCUCAAUCCAGUGGAUCCGGACAAGAAAGAUCUCCUGGAGGUGCUGAUUCUCCCAAUUCUCAAGGUGCUGGUGUUGUGCCAGUUCCCUUGAGUGAGUCUGUUUCUUCACUUACUCAUUCAAUUCGUGCGCUUACUACCUCAAUUGUUAAGUCACCAUCAUGUCGAGCUGAUCGAAGAGACUCUGACGGAGAUGAUUCCAGGAAUGACCCAAGUUGUCGGGAUGCCAAUAAUGGUAGCAGAGAUUGUGUAGCUAGUAAUUGUGGAGAUGAUCAUUGUAGUGAUGGUUCUGAUGGAACUCCAGUUGCUUGUUUAAAGCAGUCUGAACAUUUGGAACAGCUAACUACAGAACUGGCUUCCAUGGCUUCAGUGGCAUCAGCAGAUUUGAAUUCCACUGCCUUAGAUGCAUCUACAUUGUCUGUCGACUCUGCCGAAGGAGGAGAAGCCGAUGCAACAGGUCGUGACGAAGGAGAGUUGUCAGAGUCUAGUCAGUCCUCUUUAUCGGGGAGUCUAUCCGGUAGUCAUUCUGGCAGCCAGUCUGGAGGCAGUAGGCAGGCAGCAGCACCACAAGGCCCACCCCGACCCUCUUCCUUACCAGUACCAAGGCCACAUACCCCAAGAUCUACUACUUCUUGACCCUCUGGUCCCCCUUCUGCAUUUUCAUUGUAUUCUGCCCUUUGCCCCACUAUUCAGCCUGCUCCCCGCGCCAUCCAGCACUAUGCUACUGCUCUCUUAUCCUCUGUGCUCACUGAUCUCACAAUGCCUGCCGGUCAAAAACUGUUAUAAGGAAAAAUGACCAUCGUAGGAUAUUCAUCAGUAAAGAUGUCGGAUGAUCUCACAUGAAUCCCAAGUUGUAUCGCUGUAUUGUUAAUUUUACCAAAGUGUUGGUAAAGAAAGAGAUAUUUUUUUUAAUGUUAAUGCCAAAUAUUCUCUAGUCGAAUUUAGGUGUACUGUCAGAUCUUAUGCGGAAAUUAUAGUUUAUUAGGCUGUUUAUAGGCAUAAAAGAAAAAUGCAGGAAGGGUUCUCAUUAAGUGUUCGCUGACAUUAGACGAGGAUUAUGUUUAGUACUUGUGCUUUGACUGAUAGAUGGAAGUCUUUGUUACGUGUUGGUUAAAGCUCGUUUUCGUUUCUCUCGUGAAGGAAGUAAUCAUUAUUAUUUUUAGGUUAGUUCAACUUGGUGCCAUUAAUUUCAUCUCAAUUUAUCAGACACUCCAUUAUACCAAGGUCUGUCUCCAUUAACUACAGCAUAUAUCUCUUUUUAGCUAUGUAACUUGAGACUAGUUCGCUUUUUCUUCGUACGUAUGCUGAAUGGAAGAGGAGAAGCCUACUAUCUAAAUUUAUUUUGACUCAAUUUUUUUCUUGUCUGGUAAUAAGCUUUGACUCGUAUCCAUUUUCCACUAUUAUUCAAGCUAGUUACCUGAUCUCCAUUGGAAUUCAAAGGAGCUUAGUCUGGCCUUACAUGCAUUAUUGCAGCUGUUGAUAUUUUUAUUAUUCUCCUCCCUCAACUAUUUGCAGACAUGAAGACUUACAAGCUAUUACAUAAACGUCUUCUCACAAAGAUUUGUGCACAAAAGUUUUGACGUGAGACAUUUUGGUCGUAUCCAGUGAAGGAAUGUCAAAGUACUGAAGUUGUUUAUUCAGCAUUUGCUUGUGGUGAUGAAUUGGUUGUAUUGUACAAUGCUUUUUUCUUGUCUCUUACCACAGUCAACUGUGUAUAGAAUUUCACAUUCAAUUCAAGAUAACUGUGGUUGUUUAGGUUGUAUACUUAAUGCAUAUACUAUAUCAUAUAUAUACAUACUACAUAGAUAUUCAUGGUCAAACAGUCUGUUUCAAUCUUUUCAAACUCCAAGUUACCAUUGUCAUCAACAGAGGGAUAAUUAUACUAACACAAACUGGUAUGCAUUGACUCCGUACAAGGUGCAUCUACCAAUCACAGUUGUUUCUCCACUGUCCCCCUUCCUAACCCCCUAUGAUGUCAAGCAAGCUGCCUUACUUUUGGAUAAUAGAGGAAGAAUUCUUCCUAGUUUUAUGUGAUCUUUUAUAUUGCAAUAUUUGUACUAACAUUUCAAUAAUCGUCACUGCUUGUAGAAAUAUUCAGAGUUGCCACAAGUCUGAAAAUACUAUGUGUAAUCUCAGUCAAUUUUCAUUUCAGCUUUGAUAUUUGCUGCAAUGCUGCAGAAAGUAACCAUUUGCCAAAUAAAAAAAAACUCAAUAUUUAUUGUCACAAGUUGUGAUCGACAAUACAGUAUGUCCUUUUUUCAUGUGCAUUGUUUUGUAUAAGCUAAGAAUGAAGAAGAAAAUGUUCUGCUGGUCUCAAUACAUUAUUAUGUUAAGGUUUCUGGACUCUUGUACAUUGACGUGUAAAUACACAUGGAAGGUGAUGUUUCCCUACAUAACACUAGUGUGUUUGUGUGUGAGUUAGUGUUUGAUUUUGAUGGUGUGUUUGGAUAUCUUCCAUACUCUACUUUCUAUGGCCUGACUCUGUUGUUGUUCUUACUGCUUAGAAUUUUACCACAAUUUUCUAAUUCCUUAUUGGUUUUCUUGUCUUUAUUAGCUGCGUAAGCACCAGACUUUUGGCGUUUUGUCAUUUUUGAAUUGAUACAAUUUCUUUUCACAAUAUUUCUCGGUGGGAAAUUUUCUGAAUAGCUCUCAACAUCAUUGGUUUGGGAGGUAGUUUAGAGUCACGCCCUAAAAGAGUUUUGCAAUUUUAUAAUUCAGUAUUACAUAUUAAGAUUUUCUUUAAAAUGUGGUGCAGUAGGUACGAGAGUGAAAUCAAUUACAAGUUGUAGUGAUGAUGGCUACAUUCUCUCUCUCUCUCUCUCUCUCUCUCUCUCUCGUUGUAGUAGUGUGCGGAUGACUGAAAUUCAGUGGUCUCGACUGAUGCAAAAAUUUUUCAGUUAUAGUACGUAUAUUGGAUAUCGAAGGCAAACAUGCUUCACACUUCAUUCAGCUCCUUAUCGGAAAUCAUCAGUUUUAUUGAAUGAUUAUUGCAAGGAGAACUUUGUGUGUUUGAAUGGAAAUAAAAAUGUUCUAUUUUACUUUGUGAACCAUAUUUGUGCUCACACCUUAUACACAAACACACAGGGAAAACAUCAGCAAACUGAAAAGUGCACCAGUGUAAAAAAUCUGUGGAAAUGCUCCAGUGGCACAAAUGCACAAUAUUUUCAUUUAUUGUAUUAAGAUUCAUUGGUACAUCAGCCCCAGCAUCUUAUUGUUCAUACAUACAAUGGCAGCACUUGAAGACUAUAUAUACAAUGUAUAGUAAGCUAUUAAAAGUUGCCUCUUGGUUUUUUGCCCUUAUUUAUAUAAACUUGUACAAGAAUAAAUAGACAAAGAUUUAUUAAUGUUCCUUCUAAUUUUUAACAUCAAUAUAUUGGAAAAAUACAUUUUUCUUAAAGAUUAGGGAUGUAGGUAUACAGUAUACUGUAUCUCGUUACGAUUUUUAGCCUUUUGUCUUUGUGAAUUAGGUGUAUGUGAAGUUUUUGCAAUGUGAUUUGUGAUGUAUUUUGUAAUUCAGUUUGUGUACAAGUCCAUUUCAUGUUGGAAUGGUGUUGAUAUUUCACGAAAUAUUUUACUUUUUACAUGUGCAGAAUAUAAUUUAGUUUUGCUGAAACAGUACCGGGUAUUCUUAAGAGAAUAGUUUUCCCUUUUGUUAUGAGGUAGCAUUGUAAUAUAGAUUUACCCACAGUGUCGCUUGUUCUUCGUCUUAAAUCGCUCCGUUUUAUUUUUAUUUUGGAAGUGUCGGGGGAAAUCCAUAGCCUCAAUUUGUGGGUGUACAACCCGAGUAAACAUUUUUACCCGUAGUUCACACCCUAAAGAUUACCCAUGUCUUUACAAAAGUUUAGAUAUACAACUGGAUGUAGGAAAUUUGUACACAUUUAAGACUUUGCUGCAACUUUUUCAUAAAAAGUCAGAAAUUUCUGGUACAGUAGUUCCAGUUUGAUAGCUUUUAUAUUUUGUAUAAUAUCAAUAACUUUGGAAUUUUGUGUUUGAAAGUUUUUCUUUUUUUUGUUAAGUUUGGAAAGAUUAUCUUGUGUUGUUGAAGUUUGGUUUAUGUGAUAUAUCAUUUUGUCUUUCGUAUGGUUGUGAAGUAAGAUAUAAAUUGUACAAGAAAAACUAUUUUGCAGAGGAGUAUUUAGGUGUCAAUCUCAGGACUUUCUUAUCACAAAAAAAUUACAAAGAUAAGGGAAAAAUAAGCAUAGGCAUAGCCUACACUAAAUAUUCACGCUGUAUGCUGUUUGUUAUACUACAUGCAUUACACAACAGCUUUCUGUUCUUACUGUAAUUCUGCUUUUGUUUUCUGUGAAAUUGUUUAUGUCUGCAAUCUUUGGUCUUGACAGAUGCUAGUGUUGUAUAAAUUUAUUGAUGCCUAUAAUUCCUUAAUGCUCAAGAAAGCAAGGUGUUUUAAGGCAUGACGGCACGAGUACGUAGUGUAAAUUCUGUUGAAGCGGAAAGGGAAUGAAAUUAAACUCAAAUAUUUUCUCUAUUUUUGACAUGACAUUUAAAUGAAUUGGGUACUUUUCCCCCCAAUGUGUUAUUUUAAUUUUUUUUUUUUUUCUUUUCCAUAAUUUUAUAAUGUCAUGCUACAUAAGAUGUUUUCAAAUGCAGUCUCAUUUGAGCUAUAAUAAAUACCUGGACAUGAUUUUCUUUUAAGAGGAGGUUGCGGCAUGAUGACAAAAGUUGAAAUGUUAGAAGGAACCGUGAUAGGAUAUAAAAUGAAACAUAAUACAGUUCUUUUUUCUAUGAUUUGCUUCACUUUGAUAGCAUGAGUAAUAGCAUAGUUUCACUGCUUGAAUUGGUUAGAAACUAAUUAAUGGAAGUGUAUUUUUUACUUUUUUUUUAUACAUUGAAGUUGUCAAAAUUUAUUAAUAAAGGUUUUUUUUCUGCUGUAUCAAUUUCAUGUUAAUUUAAAAAUUAAUUAGCAAGUAUGAGACCAGUAUUUAGCACUUGGAUAGGUAGGUUUGAAGCUUUUUUUUUUAUUUUCGAAAGUUACAUGUAAUUUUCUUUUUAUAUAGUUGCUUGUAUUUUUUUUUUUGAAAGUUGCUUGUGGAUGCUCUUAUGGAUUUUAUGCCAGGCAUGAAGAAAAGCAUGAAAAUGGUGAUAACUGCUCUGCAUGGUUGAAGGCGAGUUUUUGCCAAGGUGGUGUGCGUGCGCCUUUAGAGAAUUCCUUUGAUGCACUUGCGUUAAAAAUUCUCUUUUUUUUUUUUUUUUUUUAAUGUUUAUGUUCAAUUAAGCACUGUAAACAAACUGCCAGUUUAAGGAAUAUUACAAGGAGACACAAAAGGAAAAAAAAAAAACCUAAUUCAUUUCUCAUAUUGUGUUUUGUACCAUUUGCCUUGAGCAAAAAUCUGUCACAAAGUGCUUUGUACAGUGCUGCUUGCAUUUAAUAAUAAACUCUGCAAUAGAAA